UUAAUAUUAAACCAAUUUCUAUUCAUUAAUCGCAACAGAUUUUUAUUAGUGCAUUACCACCAUAAGGACAACGACUAAUCAAAUUCUACCACCAAAUAACAUAUAACUUAUAACAGUUUCGUUUAUUCUUCAAUUUUUGGAUUUAUCUUUGGAAAAACAUGGGUAUCGAAUGAAAACUGUAUGAUGUUUCUUAAAACUUUUGUACAUACUUCAAGAAGAGCAUUUAGCACCAAUUUGGUGACAAAUAAAGGGCAUGUAGUGGUAAUUGGAGGAGGCCACGCAGGAGUCGAAGCAGCUGCUGCUUCGGCAAGGCUAGGAGUACCGACAAUUCUUUUGACAAGGUCAAGGAAUGAUAUUGGACAAAUGAGUUGCAAUCCCGCUUUCGGGGGGAUCGGAAAGGGCACAUUAAUGCGUGAAAUUGACUCUCUCGGUGGUGUUGUUAGUGGUGUUUGUGAUGAUUCUGCUAUUCAAUUUCAUGUUCUAAACAGGUCGAAAGGAGCAGCCGUAUGGAGCCCGAGAGCCCAGAUGGAUCGUUCAAUCUUCAAGGCAAAUAUGCAAAAGAGGAUGAGUAAUUAUCGACCGAAUCUUCAAAUUCUAGAAGGUAGUGCUGUUGAUAUAACUACGACGCCAGAUGCUUCUGGUAACCUAACCUGUUCUUCCGUUAAGCUCGCCGAUGGUACAGAAAUUGAAGCGAAUGGCGUUGUUAUUACAACUGGAACUUUUUUAGGUGCUAAUAUUAAUGUCGGAAACAAACAGACACCUGCAGGUAGGCUUGGGGAAGCUCCUUCAUUUCCUCUCAGUGAUUGUCUUCGACGUCUGGGUUUUCAGAUGGGACGUCUGAAAACAGGGACACCGCCACGUAUACAUCCUAAAACAGUUGACGUCGCGAAUCUCUCGGAGCAAGUUGGCGAUGAAGUACCAGAAGCGUUUAGUUUUCGCAACUUAAAUGACAAUUUUUUUCCAAAACUACCUCAACGCUCGUGUUACAAAACUUAUACAACAGAACAAACACACGCACACAUCCGUGAUAAUUUGUACCUAGCCCCUCAUAUGCUUGCUCAUGAUAUCCAUUCUCCUCGUUAUUGUCCCUCUUUAGAAGCCAAGGUAACACGCUUUCCCGAAAAAAGUAGACACAUUGUGUGGUUAGAACCAGAAGGUUUAAGCCCUGACUCUUUUUGGUAUCCUAACGGGCUAAGUAACUCAAUGCCCGAAGACGUCCAAAAAUUAAUUAUCAGAACUGUUCCAGGGCUUGAGAACGCCGAACUAGUUCGUCCAGCGUAUGGCGUGAUGUAUGAUUAUGUUGAUCCUCGUCAACUCCAUCCUACGCUUGAAACGAAAAAAAUUCAUAAGCUAUUUACAGCUGGUCAAAUUAAUGGUACAACAGGAUAUGAAGAGGCUGCUGCGCAAGGUAUCAUAGCCGGUAUAAAUGCCGGUCUGAUUGCUUUAGGUAAAGGACCUAUUACCAUACCUAGAAAUGUUGCAUUAUUAGGAGUAAUGAUUGAUGACUUGGUAACCAAAGGAGUUAAAGAACCUUAUCGAGUUUUUACAUCUAGAAGUGAAUACCGACUUACCACGAGAGCAGACAAUGCUGAUUUAAGACUGGUCCCCUUGACGAAAUCUCUUAAUUUACUUGAUGACAGCAGUCAAUGGGAUACGUUUUCGAGCACUAAAAGUUUAAUAGACACUGUCAUUUUUGACUUGAAGAACAAGAAUUUGAGCUCUCAGCAGUGGGCCAAGCUUGGAUUUUCGGUACCCUAUGAUGGAAAGUAUCGAAGUGCCUGGCAAUUGUUAACCUUUACUAAUCUUAAUGCAAUGGAUAUUCUAUUCACACUUCCUUCAGUGAAAGAACUUCCACGGAGGAUACUUGAAAGAGUGAUCAUUGAAGGAAGAUACGCAUUUUACAUCGGUCGUCAAGCAUCUCAAAAUAAGUUACUUUAUUAUCGAGAUGAGUCCACUGUUAUUCCUCUUAAUUUUGACUUCGAAAAGCUGCAAUCUGUUUCCGCAGAAGAAUUAGCAUUGUUAAAAACUAUUCGACCUGUUACCAUCGGACAAUUGAAGCGGAUUCCGGGUAUUAAACCAAGUACAGUCAUUUAUAUGCUUCGUCAUGCCACUCACAAUCCUAAAAAAGAAACUUGGAUGCAAGAAGUUUUUAAGCCCAUGUAUGACUUCCAUUCUUAGAAAAUGUGGUUCUUUGUAUGACACGUUCAUGUUCUUCUCACAAAUUGCAUAACUACAUGUACUAGAUUAUUUUUUCAAACAGAUAGACUGAAAUAAAACACAAAAUUUAUUACCUUAAAUACUUUUUCCUUGAACAAAUACC